AAAUGGGUAGAUGACUUCUUAGUUAUCAGACUCCCACAUCAGUCGUGGACCGAGGCAGAAUUCAUAGCACUAACAAGUUACUGCAGCAUUCCAUGGAGUCUCAAGAAGCUGCACUGUUUUGCAGUGAUUCAGAGAAAUAUCGCUUUCGACUGGGAUCUCGACUGCAAGCUUGUCUCGCUCCCAGAGGAGAAGCUCCUCAAAGUGCAGCAGUUAAUCAGCAGCUGGCAAGCUGCAGGUGCAUCCUUCAUGGCGAAGGAGGUAGCUGGCCUCCACAGCAAGCUAGUGCAUGUUGCAUGUAUUUUCCCC